AUGUCUACUGAGCAUGUUACUAAAGUUGUGUCUUCGAUUAAAUCAUGUUUUAAGUAUCAACUUGUAGCAAUCUUGGAUUUGGUACUUUGCAUACCCACAAAUUCUCCACGCGCUAUAGAAUUUCACAACGGGGAGAAAAUGGUGGAUCGUCGAAGAUACAAAGUGAUCCAAGCAGAUCAGAGUGUUUGUGAGUUUCCUCUAGCUGAUUUCCCUCUAAUGAAUUUAAAUGGUCUCAUCACCUUGGCUUAUCUUAUCAAAUCCAUGGAAGAUAAAGCAGUGAUUGAUAAAAAUAAAUUUUGUGUUGGGAUGUCCAUAUGUCAUAACCAUAUCGAUUGCUAUUUAGAACAUCUUGGUUUAUCAGACUUCGAGAUAACCAAGAAAUACAACAAGCCAGGGAAGAAUCCAAAGACAAAAAUUGAUAAUGUGGAUUUGGAACAGUUUGAAGAUGUGAAGAUAAUCUUGAAACGAUUAGGAGUAGUGUUUUAA